AUGGAUCUACGCGCUGCCUCUUUAAGUGAUAAUGGAAUCCCUCAGAAGUCUGAUACCACCUAUGUGGAAAUCAUUGUUCUGGAUGCCAAUGAUAAUGUGCCACAGUUUGGGAGGGACAAAUAUCAGGGUACAGUAUUUGAAGACGCACCUGUGUUCACCAGUGUGCUCCAGAUAUCUGCUUCAGACAGGGACUCGGGGUCUAAUGGGCGUUUGAGCUACACCUUUCAAGGUGGCGAUGACGGGGAAGGAGACUUCAUGAUUGAGCAGUACUCUGGAAUUAUAAGAACCCAAAGGAAGCUGGACAGAGAGAACGUUCCAGUGUAUAACCUGAAGGCCUAUGCAGUAGAUAGAGGUGUUCCUCCUCUCAAAGUAGCGGUGGAGAUCCAGAUUUCUGUGUUGGACAUCAAUGACAAUGCUCCUGUUUUUGAGAAGGAUGAAUUGUUUAUCUACAUCAAAGAAAACAGUCCUGUUGAUUCAGUGGUUGCCCGGAUCAACGCCAUGGAUCCAGAUGAAGGAACCAACGCUCAAAUAUUGUACCAGAUUGUGGAAGGAAAUAUCCCGGAGGUCUUUGAUUUGGAUAUAUUCACUGGAGACUUAAAAGCACUCGUGGAUUUGGACUACGAGACCAAAAUGGAGUAUGUCAUAGUCGUACAGGCCACGUCCGCACCUUUGGUCAGCAGAGCAACCGUCCGCAUUCGUCUGAUUGAUGUCAACGACAACGAUCCUGUCCUGCAGGAUUUCGAGAUUAUCUUCAAUAACUACGUCACCAACAAAUCCAACAGUUUUCCAUCUGGGAUUAUAGGAAAGGUACCUGCCUAUGACCCAGAUGUGUCAGAUGAGCUCAAGUAUAGUUUCACUGAAGGAAAUGAGCUGAGUUUGCUGAUUCUAAACCCAAAUACUGGAGAGCUCAAACUCAGCAAAGAUCUGGAUAACAACAGACCUCUGGAGGCCACCAUGAAAGUUUCUGUCACAGAUGGUAUCCACCAAGUGACGGCCUUCUGUACUCUCCAUGUAACCAUCAUCACUGACGAGAUGCUAACGAACAGCAUCACUGUCCGUCUGGAGAACAUGUCCCAGGAACGCUUCCUAUCCCCGCUGCUCUCUCUAUUCGCCGAAGGUGUGGCAGCCGUUCUCUCAACUAGUCGAGAAGGAGUUUUCAUCUUCAACGUCCAGAAUGACACAGAUGUCAGCGGCAACAUCCUCAAUGUCACCUUCUCCGCCUUGCUUCCUGGAGGAGCUCCGGAUCGCUACUUCCCUUCGGAAGAACUUCAGGAGCAAAUCUACCUGAACCGAACUCUGUUACAGAAAAUCUCCAGCCAAAGUGUCCUUCCAUUUGAUGACAACAUCUGCCUGCGGGAACCUUGCGAGAACUACAUGAAAUGCGUCUCUGUGUUAAAGUUCGAUAGUUCUCCACCUUUCACAGCCUCAGAUACAGUUCUCUUCAGACCAAUCCAUCCGAUUAACGGCCUGCGCUGCCGUUGUCCGGCAGGUUUUACCGGCGACUACUGCGAGACCGAGAUUGAACAGAUUCAACUCACCUUCUCAGCAGGUACAAGUCCUACCACUGUUACAAUUGAGAAGACCAGGUCAUCGAUAUGA